CAAUGCCAGCCGCACAACCUGCUAGAACCAGGAACCCUCGCGCAGCCUCGUCGCGUGCGUCCCCAUGGAGCCUCCGCAGGAGUCCGCCGCCGGUGGCCGCAAGCGGCGCCGGCGAGGAGGUUCCCGGAAUCGCGGGAAGCCUUCGUCAUCAUCGCAACAAGCGCCUCGGCCAGCGGUGGCGCCCCCACCGCCGUCCUCCCCUCCGGCGAAGCGGCGGCGCAAGGACGGCGCCGGCCAGGCCGCGGUCACGCCCAAGCGAGACAAUACCUCGAUAAAACUCGACAAGAUGCGUGCAAGGUUAUAUGGUGGCCAUUUCAGAAUGCUAAACGAGACGCUGUACACUUGCAGUGGGCAGGAUGCAUUUGACUACUUCCAAAAAGACCCUAGUCUUUUUGAUGUGUAUCAUACAGGAUAUCAAGAACAGAUGUCACGUUGGCCAGAGCAGCCAGUAAAUGUAAUAAUCAAUUGGUUGAAGAGUCAUAAGACAUCGUGGACUGUUGCUGAUUUUGGCUGUGGCAACGCAGCAGUUGCAAAAAAUGUGAAGAACAAGGUUUUCUCCAUUGAUCUUGUUUCAGAUGAUCCUUCAGUGAUUGCUUGUGAUAUGGCUCAUACACCAUUGGAGUCGUCCUCUGUAGAUGUUGCAAUAUUUUGUCUUUCUUUGAUGGGGACCAACUAUCCAAAUUACUUGGAGGAAGCAAAUAGGGUUCUCAAGCCAAGUGGUUGGCUUGUUAUUGCUGAAGUGCGAAGUAGGCUAGAUCCAAAUAAUGGAGGCGCUGAUCCUGAAAAGUUCUCUAAAGCCAUCAUCCAGCUUGGCUUUUCCCUUGUUUCAAAGGACAUGAAAAAUAAAAUGUUCGUUCUGUUCUACUUCAGGAAAAAGGAAAAGAGUAAAGUGGCAAAGAGAAUCGACUGGCCCCAGUUGAAAGCUUGCAUGUACAAACGACGAUGAUCUCAUAUCCGCCCGUAAAACUGUAGUUGCACUGGACCUCUUGAAAAGUUACUUGAACCGAUGCAUCUUGUCUAGAUUAGAAGGUCUCUAUUGCCAGGCUUUGACACCUCUGUUUCGUGUUUCGUCCUAUUCUCACAUUGGCCGUGUCUUUUGUGUAUUGGACCUCGCAAGUGUGAUGCGAUGUGAUCCGGAAGUAAUAAGUUUAUAAUUUGCCGUGUGCGGACCAGCGGACGAAUCGUCCGGUCAAAUUUU